AAAGGUGUCAGGUACGAAGGGCAUUGGCCAUUGGUUAUUUGCAGGUAGCCUCCCUCACACUCGAAAUUCCCAUCACCUUCUAGGGAUUGGUGCAGUGCCUAGGGAAACUGAGGCACACACAUGGAGUUACUACAGCACAGCAGAAUUCACAUGCAGCAGAACAAAGUUACGAAACCCCCCAGCUCGCACACUCUCCCUUGCUGACAACAUGCCUGGUGACGGGGCGGUAAUGCUGGAGGCACAGGGGCGGUUCCUGAGGAGCGCUGUGAGGAAGCUGGAGAUGCCAGAGCCAGAAAUACCGGGGAUGCUGGAGCCCCAGGGGCUGCUGCGGAGGAGUGCUGUAAAGCUAGAGAUGCCGGAACCAGGCAAAGCAGGGAUGCGGGAGCCGCGGAGGCCACUGCGGAGGAGUGCUGCGAAAGCUGUAAAACUGGAGAUGCUGGAGCCACGUGGGCCGUUGCUGAGGAGCGCUGCGAAGGCUGUAAAACUGGAGGCUCUGGAGCCAGGUGAAGCAGGGAUGCUGGAGCCGCGUGGGCCGUUGCUGAGGAGCGCUGCGAAGGCUGUAAAGCUGAAGAUGCCAGAGCCAGGCAUAGCGGGGAUGCGGGAGCCACAGGGGCCAUUGCUGAGGAGCGCUGUGAGGGCUGUGAAGUUGGAGACGCUGGAGCCAGGCGAAGCCGAGACGCUGGAGCCACAAGGGCCAUUCCUGAGAAGCACUGGAGAGAAUGUUCCUCAGAUCCCCAUGCUGAGCAGAGCUGGUGGGAGCCAGUGCCGGGCAGAGAGGAGGAACCCUCCUCGCGGGUGCCCUCCCUCCAGGGAGGCAGGGGGCCAGCCCCUUGCGGGACAUCACCGUGCCUCAGAGUUCGGCCGCAGGGGAGCCCCUCAUGUGUGA